AUGGCCUUUGACCUUGCCUACAUGAUGGCCCCAUUACUCCUUCGGUCGGAGAGAAAUCGUCCUCAAACCCUGCCCCCGCCUCCCCUCCUAGCCCUCUCGGCUCUGGCUGAGCGGGGCGGGUCCACACGGCUCAGACCCUCGGGUCAGGGCUGUCUGGGGCCCCGGCGUCGCUCCCUCCCGGGGAUCCAGGGUCGCCGAGGGCCGGGAGGACCUGGCUGCUCAGGGACCCUGAGGCCGUCUUCAGGCCCAGGCCCUGCGCGCCGCUCUGGGGUGUGUGUGGCUGGUGAGGAGCUGGGUGGGGGCCGCAGCGGCCUCCAAGGCCAGGGUCAGGUCCGCUGGGCCCGAAUGAACCAGGCAGGCCGCAGAGGGAUCGGGCCCUUCUGGCUGCCCCACGCCGCCCCAGCCUGUGCAGGGAGCCAGCGGCCCAGCUGACCUGGGCUGGCCACGUCCCCGUCAAUGCAGCUGGUUCUCAACGGCCCCACUCUUCCCCACGGCUCCGUUUACCACCAACCCACUUGUCACGCGCACUUAGAGGCACACCUGCUCCUCCUGAGAAUCCGGGAAGGAACUGAAGAGACGACGUUGCUUUCUGAUCUUUCUCAGGCCAGAGGAAGUUUGUGGGCCAAGUGAUAUUCCUAAUUCAAACUUUAUUAUGUAAUUAUAGUACAAAACAUAUUAUUUUUCUCUUUAUUUUUCCUCUCUCAGUUAAUGGUAAAUUUUAUUGCAUAAAUAAAUUACACAUGCUGUAA